AUGGAUCUAGACUUGGCAUUAAGGAUAGACCAACCCCCUUCUCCUACGAAAGAAAGCACUGUAGAUGAAAAACAGUUGUUUGAGAAGUGGGAUAGGUCUAAUCGCCUUAGUCUAAUGAUCAUAAAGAAAAACAUUCCAGAAAUCUUUAGGGGCACGAUAUCUGAUGAUAUCAUUACUGCCAAUGAUUUCCUUGUCGAAAUUGAGAAACGCUUUACCAAAAGUGAUAAGGCGGAAAUGAGUACUCUUCUCAAGAGUCUCAUUACCAUGAAGUAUAACGGCAAAGGAAACAUAAGGGAAUACAUCCUGAACAUGUCUAAUACUGCUUCUAAGUUAAGAGCACUUAAGUUAGACCUUUCGGAGGACAUGCUAGUCCUAUUGAUUUUGCUCUCACUUCCUACUAAAUACGAUCAGUUCAAAGUUAGUUAUAACUGUCAAAAUGAGAAGUGGAUUCUUAAUGAGCUCAUCUCUCACUAUGUUAAGGAAGAAGAAAGGAUGAAGCGUAAUAAGACUGAAGAGGUACAUGUGGUAAGUACCUCAAAGGAUGCAGGCGGCAAGAAGAGAAAAUAUAAGGCCGUUAAGGUUGAGACUGCUAAGGCUCAUGUUCCAGCUCCAGCUCCUCGGGCUCGUCCUGAAAAGACUUGCUUCUUUUGCAAGAAACCUGAACAUAAGAAAAAGAAUUGUACUAAGUUUCACGAUUGGCGCGUGAAGAAGGGUACGUUUCUUGUUUUGGUUUGUUCUGAGGUUAAUUUAGCUUCAAUACCUCGAAACACUUGGUGGUUAGACUUUGGAUCAACUACGAACAUCAGCGUUUCAAUGCAGGGUUGCCUGAGCUAUCCAAACUCAACUGAUGCUGAAAGACGCAUUUACUUUGGAAAUGGGGAUUCAGUAGAGGUGGAAGCCGUGGGCAUUUUCAAGUUGUUAUUGAGUCAUAUUUCAAGAAACAGAGUUGAAAGACUCAUUAAGGAUGGAAUCCUUGAUUCCGUAAAUUUUUCAGAGUUUGACGUUUGUGUCGAUUGCAUUAAGGGUAAACAAACCAAGGUUAAAAGGAUAGGUGCUUAUCGAGCUACGGAUGUCUUAAAAUUGAUACAUACAGACAUUUGUGGGCCUUUUCCCACUCCUUCAUGGAACGAUCAACAAUAUUUUGUGUCAUUCAUAGACGAUUAUUCUCGAUAUGGUCAUCUGUACCUUAUUAAGGAAAAAUCUGAGGCAUUGGACAUGUUCAAAGGAUUUAAGACUGAAAUUGAAAAUCAUUUGAGCAAACGCAUUAAGACUGUCAGAUCUGACCAUGGAGGAGAAUAUUACGGCAGAAAUGAUGGCUCAGGUGAACAACGUCCAUGUCCUUUUGCUAACUUCCUUAAGGAGUGUGGAAUCGUCCCUCAAUACACCAUGCCCGGUUCACCUAGCAUGAACGGUGUUGCUGAGAGACAAAACCUCACAUUGAAGGAUAUGGUUCGAAGUACGAUUAGUCAAUCUACUUUGCCACCAUCAUUAUGGGGAGAAGCAUUAAAGACAGCAGUCUACAUCCUUAAUCGAGUGCCUACUAAGGCGAAUGCCAAAACACCCUAUGAACUCUGGAUUGGGCGCAAGCCUAGCUUAAAUCAUCUUAGGGUAUGGGGUUGUCCAGCUGAGGUGAAGGCCUAUAGGCCAAAUGAACCAAAGCUAGCACAUUGUACAGUGAACAGUUAUUUUAUUGGCUAUUUGGAAUGGGCAAGGGGGUAUAAAUUUUAUGAUCCCACAUCAAGAACUGUUUUUGAGACGGUUAUUGCCAAGUUCUUUGAGGAUGUUGAUUUUAGGGGGAGAAAUACAGUUUUAGACUUUACUUUUGAGGAUCAAGAAAUCACUGAUGUGAUUGAUCAAGCACCUCAUGAGUUAGCAGUCAUUCCAGCUCCCAUAGCUUUUCAAAGUGCGACUGAGGAACCCGUUCGUAUAGAACAGGAACCUAUGCCUAUGGAACAAACUCAACAAACUCAAGAACAUACAGUUUAA